AUGGUCCCCAAGGAUCAUUCGACACCGUAUAUUCAACGUUCUGUUCAGGAUGUUUCACAAACACCAAACAAGUCCUUCCUCUUCGUUUCCAAUGGUCCACAUCGUGCCAAGUCGGCUGAGUUGCUUCAACCUGAUGCAAACGAAGAGAUUCGAAGAGCAUCAUUUGAUGUACCGCGAGGAACAGGGAGACAACUUCCCAGCACUGAAGGACUUGAG